AUGGCAAGUGACAAUUUGCCUUUUCCUGAAUUGGUGGCUGAUGCAACAUCUGCUGAGGUCCGCUUGAUCUUAGGAAUCCCAUUGGACCUAACUUUGACGAAAUAUCAUUGCUUUCCCAGGCUGCCUCUCGAGUUACGUCGCAAAAUCUGGCACAUUUAUUUUGGACCGCAGCUUGGCCGGAUUAUCGAGAUCGAGUGGAAUCCGACUCAUCCCGUUGACAAGCACCAUGGAUACAGAUCAACAAAAGUAUCUUCUCAGACCCCUUUAGGUUUACGGGAUCCUCUUUGUCGAGAUACUCGGGAUGAAAUUUUGAAAAAAUAUCAGCUUUGGCGUUUCGAUAAUCGUCCUGAAGGACAUAACCCGCCAUCAUGA